UAUAAAACAGAUUUAAAUUACGAAACCUAGUCGUCGUCGCCGGCGAAAUUCGGAACCGGCGCCCUCUCUAGUGUCUACGAUGGCUGAAGGAGAUACAGUAGUAACAGCGGCAGCCGCAGCAGCUUCCACGAGCUUCAACCGCGAAGGAUCAUCUCUUUGCGAAGAGUGUAAUUCGAACCCGUCGAAGUACAAGUGCCCCGCUUGCUCUUUGCGUUCUUGUAGUCUUGAUUGCGUCAAUGGCCACAAGCGGCGCAGUGGCUGUACUGGAAAAAGGAAGCAGACUCAAUUCGUCCCGAUUUCUCAGUUCAACGAUAGUGUCCUUCUUUCCGAUUAUAAUUUGCUUGAGGAAGUGAAGAGGAUGGCUGAAUCUGCUCAAAGACUUAGAAAGAAAUUGUGUCCCUAUACUCAUCCUUAUUAUAGGCUACCAUUUCACCUUAAAAGUUUGCGCACUGCUGCUUCAAGCCGGAGAACAAAAAUAAUGUUUCUCCCCACUGGAAUGACAAAAAGGGAGAAAAAUCAAACUCGAUAUGAUAAGAGGGAAAAAACAAUCUUCUGGACAAUCGAGUGGCGGUUAAACUCUACAGAUGUUGUUUUAGUUGACCACGGAGUUAAUGAAAACACAAAUCUGUCUACCGUUCUUGAAAACCAUCUACAACCAAGCCCAUGGAAGAAUCAAAUUCAGAAGUUCUGUGAGCAGCUGGAUAGCCUCAAAUUUUUUGUCCGUACAUACCCCAAGGGAGCUAUGGUGCCAUUCCGUGAGCUGGACUCAAAGAUGCCAAUAAGACAACUGUUUUCGAAUUUGGUUUUUGUGGAAUACCCUGUUAUAUAUGUUUUUCUACCCUCUCAAACGCCUAACUUUGAAGUGCUUAAAACUGCAAAUCCAGUGAGUCAUAAUCCGGAAGGUAAAAACACUGGAAAAAAUGAUCUUGGCAGUCCUGAAGGCGUUCGCUUCAGGGUGGAAGAAAUUGAAGACGAUGACAAUUCCUUCAAUACUCAGGUGCUUGAUCUGAUGAAAGCAUCAAAUUCAAGCCCAUACUGUGAAGUUGAGCCCCAAAAUGUGCUUGGUGCAACACAUAAUUACUCUACAGAUUUGAUGGGGAAGCAUGAAGUUGGGAAUAGCCCCAAUUCAAGCUCCCAGGCUAAGGAGCUAGGAGUUCUUAAAGAAUUGGAGUUCGAUUUCGAGCAAGAUCUAAUGGAUACAUAUUCAAAUAUCAUGGCACAGAUCAAUCCAGACGAUUUUCUCGACUGGGACGAAGACUUCUCCAAGGGAGUAGAAAUGGAAGGAAGUGGUGACCUUCUUGGGGACGUGUUCACAGUGGAUGAAUUGGAGGAAGGAGAGAUUAUGGAAUAGUGAAUUGGGAUAUUCUCCUUUUGGUUGCAUGCAGGUAAAUCUUGAACCAUUUUACUUGGUUGAUUUGGCAAUCUCAGCAAGCAACGCCUUGCAUUUUGGCCCAUGUUUAGAUUAGGACAUGCUGGAGCUUGGCCUUGCUGCUGUUUACAAUUUUUGCUAAUCUUUAUUUGAUUUAUUACAUCAAUGAGUUUGUAUGAUAACAAGUAUCUCAUGGAAUUUUAUACAUUCAUCCGUUCCGUUUUGUUUAACUAGGAUUUUGUUUCAAAAUUACUCUUAAGCGUAAAAUAUAAUAUUAGAAUAUUGGUUCGAA